AUGGUCGCCCGUCACCUCAAGAAGCCCGCCCCUCCCACCGCCAACGGCGCCGCCCCCGCCUUCGAUGUCACUGCCAUCGUCGAGGGUGUCAUCAACGAUGUCCGCGCCGAGGGCGAUGCCGCCGUCCGCAGGUACAGCGAGAAGUUUGACAAAUGGUCGCCCGAGUCGUUCAAGCUCUCGGACAAGGAGAUCCAGGAUAUUAUCGCCACUGUCCCCGCCCAGGUCCUCGAGGACAUCCGCACUGUCCAGAACAACGUCCGCACUUUCGCCGAGGCACAGAAGGCCUCGCUUGGCGAGUUUGAGCUGGAGAUCCAGCCCGGCGUCUUCCUUGGCCAGAAGAACGUCCCCAUCCAGAACGUUGGCUGCUACAUUCCUGGUGGUCGUUACCCCUUGCUCGCUUCGGCCCACAUGACCAUUCUCACCGCCAAGGUCGCCGGUGUCCCCAACGUCAUCGGCUGCACUCCCCCCAUCGCUGGCGAGAUCCCUAGCUCCACCGUCGCUGCCAUGCACUUUGCUGGUGCCGACGCCAUCUACCUCCUCGGCGGUACCCAGGCCAUUGCUGCCAUGGCUCUCGGCACUGAGACCAUUCCCAAGGUCGACUUCAUUGCUGGCCCCGGUAACGCCUUUGUCGCCAACGCCAAGGCCAAGCUGUACGGCCAGAUCGGUAUCGACCUCUUCGCUGGCCCCACCGAGGUCCUUGUCGUUGCCGAUGAGCACGCUUCGCCCUUCACCUGCGCUGUGGACCUUCUUUCGCAGGCCGAGCAUGGCCCCGACACCCCCGCCGUCCUCAUCACCACGUCGGAGAAGGUCGCCACCGAGACCAUUGCCCACUGCGAGCGCAUUCUCACCUCGACCGACAUGAGCACCGCCGCGCUUGCCGCCACCUCGUGGCGCGACUACGGUGAGGUCAUUGUCGUCGACUCGCUGGACGAGGCCUUCGCCCUCGCCGACGAGUUUGCUUCGGAGCACGUCCAGAUCCUCACCCAGAACCCCCGUGAGGCCCUCGACAAGAUGCGCAACUACGGUGCCCUCUUCCUCGGCGAGAAGACCUGUGUGUCGUACGGCGACAAGUGUAUCGGCACCAACCACGUCCUCCCCACCAAGAAGUCGGCGCGCUACACCGGCGGUCUCUGUGUGCAGAAGUACCUCAAGACCGUCACCUACCAGGAGGUCAAGGACCCCAAGGCGUCGGGCGAGCUUGGCCGUCUCUGUGGUCGCGCUGCCCGCGCCGAGCGCUUUGAGGGCCACGCCCGCUCCGGUGACCUCCGUGCCCAGCAGUUCCUGGGCGACAAGUACAAGUGGAUCUACGAGCAGGUCUAA